GAAGACGACCGGCAGCAGACAGAGGCCUCCGGGAGGACUUAGAGCUUGGCUUCUGGGCCGGGCGGCCUCCUGUCAGGCGUUGUUUGCCGGCGAUCGCCUGCGCCGGCUGCCCAGGACCAAUGCUCUUCUGGCCGCCUGAUCAGCUGUCAUCGCCUGGACGACGACUCCUGCCGUCUCCACCGGCCUCACUGGCUCCCGGACCUGGCGUCCGUGGUCAGCGCCGGACGGAGUUCUCGGCCAAACCAGCCUCCAACUGGCAGAAGGGUUGUGACCAGUCCGUUCGCCCGAUGGCCAGUUCACCGGCCACGGUAUCCGCUUUCUCCACGUCCGCAACCCUCACACACUCAACUCCCGCCCUCGACCCUGUCUCCACGGCGACCGCCGAAACUGUCUCUAUAGCCGGUUCGGCACCAGCCAGCCAACCAGCCGUCCACACUGUCGCCUCGUCCGUCUGGCCGCCACCGGUUGGGCCCGGCCUCAUGGCUGGCCUCGAGCUCGAGACCGCGGCCUCUCAUCUGCCCGCCCUAUCUACGGCUCCGCCAGCCCCAAGUCUGAUGGAGCAGCUGGCUCAGGUGAGAGUCUAUCCUCUGUUGGUACCGGCAGAUGAGGUAUGA